UGCCGCGGAGCACCGGUCGCCGAAGUCGCCCUCUGGCCUCUCUGGUCGUCGUCUCCCCCUCGCCCCCGCUCGUCUUGGGGGCGAAGAAAGAACCCGGCCGCUCAUAAAUACCCUCCCCGAUUAAACCCCAAGCAGAAACCCACCACCCAUUUCCGCCUCGCUUCGCUUCGCAAGCACACAGCGGCGAUGCAUCUCUACAACGCGUGGCUGCCCCCGGCGGUGGCGGAUGCCGCGCGGGGGGAGGCGGCGGCCUUCGCCGGCGCGGUGCGGGCGGCCAAGGACGCGUGGCGCCCCGACGACCCCGACUCGGCCUACGCCACGCUCAAGUGGAUCUCCGUGUUCGACCUUUUUAUCAAAGCAAAGAGUGACGUUGCUCCUGAGGACAUACAUGCUCUUAUAGAGCUUGGGUUUGGAAUAUUUCACGCAUCGCAGAAUAAGUUUGUUGUCCAGAUAAAAUGGGGAGGUUUGCUCAUCAGGCUUUCCAAAAAGCAUGCGGAGAGACUUUCACUUGAUGUGCAAUGGAGGCCGCUUUACGAGACAUUGAUACAAACCCAUUUCAAGAGAAACAUGGGCCCUGAGGGCUGGAAAGUAAGGCAGCAACACUUCGAGACCAUCACCGGCUUAGUACGUGCCUCUAGGACUUUCUUUCCUGAAGGUGCAGCUGCUGAGAUUUGGUUGGAAUUCAGGCCCUUGCUGGAAAAUCCAUGGCAUAACUCAGCAUUUGAAGGUGUUGGAUUUGUUAGGCUGUUUCUUCCUGCAAACUCGAGGAACCAGGAUCACUUUACAACUGAUUGGAUUGCACAAUGUCUACACAUUUGGGACUCUGUCACAAAUUGUAACUUCUGGGAUAUCCAAUGGGCUGCCAUCAUAGGACGUUGCAUAAAAAAUUCCAGGUCCAUUGAAUGGGAGAAGUUUCUGCCGCUAUUGUUUACAAGAUACUUGAACAUGUUUGAGGUUCCUAUAUCCAGUGGGAAUGGGUCAUACCCUUUUCCGGUGGAGGUGCCUAGGAACACAAGAUUUUUGUUCUCCAGUAAGACCAGAUCACCUUCCAAGGCAAUUGCAAAGUCUGUUGUGUACCUUUUGAAGCCUAAAAGUCUGGCAUUGGAACAGUUUGAGAAGCUCAUAAAUUUUCUAGAACAAUUCUAUCAUCCAUCAAAUGGGGGUCGCUGGACCUACUCAUUGGAGCGUUUUCUGCGGUAUCUUGUUUUUUACUUUGAAAGACGUCUUCAAGAUGAACAAUUUGACACAAUGGAUGAGAAAAAUGAGCAGUUCUGUUUGGGAAAAGAAGAGAGAGCUGUUUUUAUCAAAGUAGUGCUGAAAUUACUGGAUCGUGGUCAGUACAGCAAGGAUGAUUCUCUUGCUGAAACAGUAUCCAUUGCAACUUCAAUCCUGUCUUAUGUCGAGCCAUCCUUGGUGCUUCCGUUUGUCGCAACGAACUUCCAACUAGCCUUGGAGACAACUACUGCCACCCACCAGUUAAAGAAUGCUGUCACAUCUGUCGCAUUUUCUGGACGGGCGCUUCUUCUAAGUUCUUUAUGCUCAACUCAAUCUGAUGACAGUAGCAUGACUGAUACACUCUAUGAACUUAUUGUCACUUCCCUUUCAAAUGCAUUGCUUGGUAUGGAUGCCAACGAUCCACCUAAAACUGUAGCUACGAUGCAGUUAAUUGGCUCAAUAUUUUCAAAUCUGGCUACAGUUGGUGUUAGUGAUGAUGUGCCUGCUUUCCUCCAAACUUCCUCUCUAUCGGAUUGGCUAGAUGAAUUCUUUUGUCGGCUGUUUUCUGUGCUUCAGAAUUUGGAAUCAAGUAGUGCCAUCGCGGAGGGUUACCAGACCUCAAUCAUGCCGGGAACUUUUCUCGUCGAGGACAGCCCUCACUAUUUUUGCAUGCUAGAAAUACUUCUGGGAAAGUUAUCAAAAACCUUAUUUAAUCAGUCCCUUAAGAAAAUUGCCAAGUUCGUCAAUGCAAAUAUCCUUCCUGGUGCCACUUCAGAAGUUGGACUUCUUUGUUGUGCCUGUGUUCAUUCAUAUCCUGAGGAGGCUUCAGUCUACCUUGUAAAGCCUAUCUUAAUGACUAUCAUGUCCUCCUUCGAAGGUACCCCCACAACAGGUUAUGUUGGAAGAGAAGUUCCUAACAAUAUGGUUUCUAAGGCUACACUUUCUCCUGCUCUAGAAACAGCAUUGGACUACUAUCUGAGGGUUUUGGCUAUAUCCAUCAGUUAUGCGGGUCCUGUCUUGCUGAACUAUAGAGAAGAAUUAAAGCACGUAAUAAUGUCUGCAUUCCAGGCCCCUUCAUGGAAGGUCAAUGGAGCUGGUGAUCAUCUCCUUCGCUCUGUGCUAGGAAGCCUGGUUUCAUUUUAUCCACUAGAUCAGUAUAAGCCAUUUUCUUGUCAUUCCAUUGCUAAUAUUAUUGAGCCAUGGGGUUGUUCAAAAGCUCAUCAGGACAGGGAGGUUGAAAUGCUUAAUUUUCCUCCGAAGUGGCAUGAUCCCAGUCAAGAUGAACUAUCUUUUGCAAACGAAUUGUUAGAAUUUCAUUUCCAGUCGGCUGUGGAAGAUCUUUUGACUAUUUGCCAGACGGAAGUUCAGUCUGAGACAGGAGAUGAGAAGGAGCACCUAAAAGUAACACUAUUGCGCAUUCAUUCUGCAUUGCAGGGUGUAAUGUCGUGCUUACCUGAACUGCGUCCAUCAUAUAAAGAUGGGAGGUCCAAGGUAGUAGAGCCCAGUUUCUUUAUUGCAGGAUCUUCUGGUAGCACCGUUGGCAGCUCAGAGAUGCGUGAAAAGGCUGCAGAACUUGUGCACAUAGCUUGCAGGUACUUAUUAAAGGAAAGAACUGAUGAUAGUAUUCUCCUAGCACUUGUAGUACGCGUGAUUGAUGCUUUGGUAAACUAUGGUAGCUUGGAAUAUGAUGAAUGGUCAAGUCAUGUUCAAGCUUGGAAAUUAGAGUCUGCUGCCAUCAUUGAGCCUCAAUGCAACUUUAUUGUUCCAUUUCAUGCUCAGGGCAAAAAGAGGCCUAGAUGGGCGCUUGUCGAUAAAGCACACUUGCAUAAUACGUGGAGAUGUUCACAAUCAUCAUACCACAGAUACCGUACAGAUGCCAAUGUAUCUCCAUCUAGCCUCAUGGUUAAUUUGGUGAAGGAUCUCCUAGAUCUCUCAUUACACAACUACGAAACUGUUCGCUCGUAUGCUGGAAGAUCGCUAACAAAAAUGCUGAAGCGCUGGCCUUCUCUAAUUUCUGAUUGUGUUCUUACCCUGACUGAGAAUUUGCGUGAUUCGAAAGCCCUGGAACAUGUGGUGCUUGGUUCUUGCAGCAUUCUCGCAUCACAGACUGUUUUGAGACACUUGACAACUGAUUCUGCUUCCCUCUCUUCAUUUAUCAUGGGAAUUUUGGGAAGCUCUCAUCAUGAAUCGAUAAAGUGUCAGAAAGCUAUUACCGAGCUCUUUGUGAAAUACAACAUACGUUUCUCUGGAAUAUCAAGGUCUUUUUUCAAGAAUUCUCAAAGUCUGGCUGACAGGCCAGGAUUUCUUGGAUUAUUUUCUCAAAUUAAUGCUUUGGGCUUUGAGACUAACAGUCUACAUUGGAGGUACAACCUGAUGGCUAAUAGAGUACUUCUGUUGCUAAUUUUGGCAUCUAGAAGUGAGCCUGACAUUUAUUCACAAAUCCUGGCAGAGACUGCUGGUCAUUUCUUAAGAAAUUUGAAGAGUCAACUCCCCCACUCAAGGAUGCUUGCAAUAUCUGCUCUGAACACACUAUUAGAAGGAUCACCUCACAAGGCAUCUGUGGAAGAUCCACAACAAUCAUUAGAUCACCCUGAAGAAUGCAACAUUUUGUCCACAGGAAAGCUUCUGAAUGACAUAAUCCAGGAGGAAGGAUUCAUGAAUGACACACUAAACAGUCUCUCACAUGUACAUAUUAUUUCUGAUAGUGAUGGUUCAUCAAAAGCAAGUUAUGGCGCUUCAUCGUUUCAAAGCGGAUCUGAUAAAGCAAUCACUUACUUCUAUUUUGAUUUCUCUGCCUCGUGGCCAUGUACCCCUAGUUGGAUUUCUUUAGUGGGCGGUGGCACAUUCUAUUCCAGCUUUGCUAAGAUAUUCAAAAGGCUUAUACAACAAUGUGGAAUGCCAGUAAUGUCCUCACUUCAGACUGCACUAGAAGAAUUUCUGAGUUCAAAAGAAAGAUCAAGGCAAUGUGUGGCGGCUGAAGCUAUGGCAGGCAUGCUUCACUCUGAUGUCAGUGGGGAUUUGGAGUCUGGGAGUGACUGGUUGAUGCUUCAAUUGCAGAAGGUUGUGUUAACUCCAUCUGUGGAAUCAGUUCCUGAAUGGGCAUCUUGCAUUAGAUAUGCUGUUACUGGCAAAGAAAGAUCUGGAACUCGUGCUCCUGUUCUCAGGCAAAAAGUAUUAGAUUGCUUAUGUACAGCAGUUCCUCACUCUGUAGCAACUAGCGUACUUGCCAAGAGAUAUUCUUUUCUGUCUGUUGCUCUAAUUGAAAUUUCUCCACAUAAAAUGUCCCCAGAAGAGGAGCAGUACCACGUUACAAUUCUCAACGAACUGCUUGACAAUAUGAGUCACUCAUCUGUGCAGGUAAGAGAGGCGAUUGGUGUUGCUAUGUGUGUCGCAUGCUCGAAUGUGAGAUUAGCUGGUGCACGUUCACCGGGAGUCCUGACAGAACAAUCCGGAAAUGAAUAUUGGUCUAAGCGUUUGACAGAUGGAGCUACUGAGUUGUCUGUGAGUAUACAGAACAAUAGUCAAUCUAAGCAACUAGAAUUGGCAUCCGAUUCAUCCACUGCGAAUGGCUUGGACAACAAAGAGGAGGCUGACACUAAAAGAAUGGAAACGAUUUUCCAUUUCAUGAUUGCAUCUCUGAAGUCUGGGAGAUCUUCCGUUCUACUAGAUGUUAUUAUUGCGCUCUUCUACCCUGUUCUAUCAUUACAGGAAACAUCAAAUAAAGAUUUGUCAUUGCUUGCAAAGUCAGCUUUUGAAUUGCUUAAAUGGAGGACUUUGCCGCGCCCUUUUCUUGAAACAGCUAUUAUGGCUAUCCUUUCUUCAGUCAAUGAUCCCAACUGGCGAACCAGAUCAGCGUUGUUAUCAUAUCUCAGGACCUUUACAUACAGGCACACAUUCAUUCUUUCUGGCUCAGAGAAAUCACAAAUUUGGCAAACAAUCGAGAAGUUACUUGUGGAUAACCAAGUUGAGGUCAGGGAGCAUGCUGCUGGUGUUCUUGCAAGCUUAAUGAAGGGUAUAGAUAAAGAUCUAUCGAAGGAUUUCCGUGAUAGAUCACAUGCACAAGCCCAAAGUAUCCUUGAUACGAGAAGGAGAACUCCAAAGUCAGGCCAUUCUGUUGCUACGAUCCAUGGUGCAGUACUUGCUCUGACAGCUUCGGUGCUUUCUGUCCCAUACGACAUGCCAAGCUGGCUUCCUGGUCAUGUAACACUACUGGCCCACUUCAUCCGCGAGCCGUCUCCUGUAAAAUCUACUGUGACAAAGGCUGUUGCUGAGUUUAAGAGGACACACGCCGACACUUGGAGCAUCCAGAAGGAUGCCUUCACAGAAGACGAAUUGGAGGUCCUCCGUGAUACAUCGUCCUCGUCAUCAUACUUUGCUUAGAUUCAGAGACUGAUAUUUUCCAAUACAGCGGUAGCAGAUUUUAUGAAUUUGGCCAGGAAGAAGACUAGUUGCACUGGUGACAGAAAAUUUCAUUUUCUUUUCAAUCGAUGAACUGCCAGUGAUGAUCAUAUAUUCAUAGUUACAUACCGUGUAUUGUAGUUCCGUCAAUAACGGUUUCCUUCAUACAGGCGAUACCUUUGAUAUAUGGACUUGAAUUAGUAUAUAUAUGGAAUGCGCUUCUGCAGUUAUUAUUA